ACCACUGUCUCGCAUCGCAUUCUAGCUCUAAUUAAUUGACUUCCUUGAAGCUAGCAUUGCUAGUGCCGGAGAUCGACGACGUCGGAGUCGGACGAUGUCCAGGCGGAGCAGGUCGAGGGCGUCAUCGGCGGCGAGGAUCACCGACGAGCAGAUCGGCGACCUCGUCUCCAAGCUCCAGGCCCUCCUCCCCGAGGCUCGCCUCCGCAGCAACGACAGGGUGCCGUCGGCGAGGGUGCUGCAGGAGACGUGCAGCUACAUCCGGAGCCUGCACCGGGAGGUGGACGACCUCAGCGAGCGCCUCGCCGAGCUGCUCGCCGCCGCCGACGUCAGCACCGCGCAGGCCGCCGUCAUCCGCGGCCUGCUCAUGUAGCCGCCUUCACCGCCGCCGCCGCUCGCCGGCGACCCGUUUAGAGAUCGAUGAGACUGGGGCCCAUCCGUAGCUUUAUUUAAUCUACUAGAAGGGAGAGAGAGAGAAGGCAUGCUUGUGUGCUUUAAUUUUGAUUCGAUGAAGAUUAAUUACAUUAAUAAAACCAUGAUUUUUUGUUA